CUCUCCCGCCGGCCUCCGCGCUCGCAGUUCAAGAUGGCGGGAUCCAGACGAAGUGGUCCCAGGCCCAGAGCUCGGCAACUUUCCUGCACCCUGCUUCUACUGUUCAGUCAUUUCGUCGGGGGCGAUGGCACGGGAGGUGACCCCGCGGUUGCUGGCUCCCCGGGCAACCCGGGCGCGGUGCUACAUCGCCGUUUCGAGUACAAAUACAGCUUCAAGGGACCGCAUCUGGUGCAGAGCGAUGGGAACGUGCCCUUCUGGGUCCACGCGGGGAAUGCUAUUCCAAGCUCAGAUCAGAUUCGAAUAGCACCAUCUUUGAAAAGCCAAAGAGGGACAGUGUGGACGAAGGCAAAAGCAGCCUUUGAAAACUGGGAAGUAGAGGUGACAUUUCGAGUGACUGGAAGAGGUCGAAUUGGCGCUGAUGGCCUGGCAGUUUGGUAUACAGAAAAUCAAGGCUUGGAAGGUCCUGUGUUUGGAUCAGCUGAUAUGUGGAAUGGUGUUGGAAUAUUUUUUGAUUCUUUUGACAAUGAUGGAAAGAAAAAUAAUCCUGCUAUAGUAAUUGUAGGCAACAAUGGACAAAUCCACUACGACCAUCAAAAUGAUGGUGCCAGUCAAGCUUUAGCAAGUUGCCAGAGAGAUUUUCGUAAUAAACCCUAUCCUGUCCGGGCAAAGAUUAUAUAUUACCAGAAAACACUGACAGUAAUGAUCAAUAAUGGCUUUACGCCUGAUAAAAAUGAUUAUGAAUUUUGUGCUAAAGUAGAAAAUAUGAUUAUCCCCACACAAGGACAUUUUGGAAUAUCUGCUGCAACGGGAGGUCUUGCAGAUGACCAUGAUGUUCUUUCUUUUCUGACUUUCCAAUUGACUGAGCCUGGAAAAGAGCCACCUACACCAGAUAAAGAAAUUUCAGAAAAAGAAAAGGAAAAGUAUCAGGAAGAAUUUGAACACUAUCAGCAAGAAUUGGACAAAAAAAAAGAGGAAUUCCAGAAGGACCAUCCUGACCUCCAAGGACAGCCCACUGAUGAGAUAUUUGAGACUGUAGGCGAUCGUGAGCUAAGGCAGAUCUUUGAAGGACAGAAUCGUAUUCAUCUUGAAAUCAAGCAGUUGAACCGACAGUUGGAUAUGAUUCUUGAUGAACAGAGAAGAUACGUCUCUUCCUUGACAGAGGAGAUCUCUAAAAGAGGAGCAGGGGUUCCAGGGCAGCCUGGGCAGAUCACUCAGCAGGAAGUAGAUACUGUUGUGAAAACUCAGCAUGAGAUUCUGAGACAAGUAAAUGAAGUGAAGAAUUCCAUGAGUGAAACUGUCAGACUGGUGAGUGGGUUACAGCACCCAAGCUCUGCAGGAGGCGCAUAUGAAACAACACAGCACUUCAUGGACAUCAAGGAGCACCUGCACAUAGUGAAGAGGGACAUAGAUAACUUAGUGCAGCGGAAUAUGCCAUCCAAUGAAAAAUCAAAAUGCCCAGAACUACCACCGUUUCCAUCAUGUUUAUCUACAAUACACUUUGUUAUAUUUGUAGUAAUACAAACAGUGUUAUUCAUUGGUUAUAUCAUGUAUAGGACUCAACAGGAAGCAGCUGCCAAAAAAUUCUUUUGACCACCAUUUUCAUAGGUGUCAAUCAUGUAUGUAUGUACAAAAUGUCUUUUUGAAGGAAUUUAAAUGUUUAAAUUGCUUCAUAGUCUAAAUUAUUGUUUUGUAUAAAAACCAUUGAAACAUUGAUUUGCAGUAAGAAUAAACAUUAAAAUAAACUACAUGUAAAUUUGUUGAUAGAACCUGUUUAAAUUUCAGUCUAUAGAUUAUAACCACUGAACAGAAUAUUGAUGACAACUAAGAGCUUAAAUAAUAAAAAACAAGGGACAUCCCCUAGAUAUGAGUGUUACCCUAAGUUCCAAUAUUGGAGAUUUCAUUAUUUAGCAUAAACACAUUUGCCUUUGUGCUUCCCAGUAUAUGAGGUCAAACUAAGAGUUCCCUGUCAUGUGUAUUUUAUAAACAAAGUCUUUUUAGGGGUCAAAAUUUUCUAACAUAAGACUAAUCCUGCAGUCCUUUAAUCUUAACACAUCUCCCUCUGGAAUCAAAAAAUAUUUUGUCUGAGAGCUUUAGGAUGUAAAUAAUAGGCUUCAGAAUAUUUAAUGAAUGCUUUUCUUUCUGAUUACCAAUGCUAUAUUUUUCUUUUGAAAAAAAUUUUGGAGGGAAAAUUACGAACUGCUUUUUGCCUAAAAAAUUGAGUAUUUUGCCUGGGAAUAUAUUUAUUUCUUGGUGGCCCAUAUUUUUGUCUUCAUUUCAGUUUGGUAUCUAAUAUUAUAAAAGUAACUUUUAUAUUAGUAUUUUUAAUUUAGGGACUUUAUUUCUCCCACUUUGUCCAACCUAUAAUUCAGCUCAGAUUGCAUGUCCUGAAGAUAUUUUAAAUUCACAAAACCGGCUUACUACAUUCUGAUUUGUAUUACUCCAUGUAACCCAGGGUUUUUAACUAGAUGUUGUCUCUUUUAAGUCAAGGGGCUUGUUUAGAUAGUAGAUUUAAGAUUUCUGAAGGGAAAUUUUGAAAAAUAGAGUAUAUACUUCUGAUUUCUUCAUUUUAAUAUUGGAACUGCGAAUGCUGUGAAGCACUUGUUAGUACACUUAACCAUGAAAUGGUAAGAGUGGGAAGGAAAUUUUAUAUAGUCUUUGUACAUAGUUCUAGGUAUUAGAGAAACCAUCUGUAAAUGAUAUUUUAAAAUACAAAUUUAAUUUUAUUCUCACAGCUCCUAAAGACUUACAUUUCCCGACCUGUCUUUCAUUUGUCAUACGAUCCAGAACAAUACUGUUUUAAAAAAUAGUACUGUUGAAUAUUUCCAAGCAGUCCUAAUUUUGCUCUCAAAUGUCAUUUACAAAUUGGGCUAACAAUCUAAACUGUAUAAAAAUUUAAUGAAGAACUCUGCAUUAUAGCAAUACUAGCUGUUAUUGUGUGUGCAAUUGCGUGUUGCUUUUUGUGUUAGCUUCUACCCUGCAACUCAGAGAGAAUAUGCUAAUGAGUCACUUUACUUCAGUUUCUUCAGUGUAAAAAAUGCUUUUACACUUCUUCUUUGUAGUGUUAACAUUUUGAAAUUCAUGUUUCAGAAACGUCAUCAUCUCAGAAUUUACUCAUAUUCCAUGAAAAAUAUUAAUACCUUCAGAAGAAAGUUUAAGUUGUAGACUAUGAAACUUGGGAAAUCCUCUUGAAAUAAAAGGCUGCCAAAUCCAGUAUUAUAAAGUCCAUGAUCACAUGUGGCUGAACAUUAAAGGAAUACCAGAUCUGUGCAGUGUACAUUUUUCAGGCUAAAGUGCAAGGCGAGGUACUCUGAUCAUUCCUAGGACAAGCGGAGAUGGCUGUUAUGAAAGAUCAUAAGCAUGAAUCUUUUUCUUUUUUUAACUAAUGAAUUUAUUUUGCUUAAAAAUCACUCAGUAAGUAAAAUAGUUUAUUUAGAAUGUUUAUCUUAGUUGAAGUUUGGUGGUUUUCCUCAAAAUCACUGAGUAGCUUGUUUCAGUGGAAAAACCAGUCACUGCCGGACUUCUUUCAUUUCUCUAUUCUUGUAUUACUGGAUUUACUCACUUCUGUCACACCAGCAAGUAUUUUACAGGUGCCUUGGACUAAAACAAAAUUUAUUUUAAAUUUGUAAUGUAAGUCAUUGUGUUUAUAGUACCACUUUUAAAAAGAAAAUGUAAUUACAUAAUGACUAAUACUGUGUACCUAUUUGUAUUCUAAUUAUUUAAAUAUUUUAUCAGCUCGAUACUUUACUAUGAAGUAACAGAGAAUACCAACGUGUUUGUUAUGUACUAGAGACAUAUCAGUGUUUCUCAUAACAUGAUCUGUGGACUGUCUGGAUCAUGCAGUGCUUGUUGAGAACAGAGACCAGAGCCCCAGUGCAAGCCACCUGCAUCAACACUACGGCGGGGCUUCAGGGUAUCAGUGUGCAACAGGCAUUGCCAGUGAUUCAGAGCACACUAGUGACUGAGAACCACCAAGGUGGGGGAUGAAAAGGAAAAACCAAACCAAACAAAACCACAAGUUUUGUUGGUUUAAAGCUGGCUGAGAACAUAAUUUAGUAUUUUUAUUAUCAAUGAAAUUAGCAGAUGUGCACUGAUUCUUUUAUACUCACAAUCUAAUUAGUGUUCCUCUUACUAGAACUCUUGAUUCCUUAGCAACUACUAACUAAAUCCAGGUUCCUACUUGUAGCUCUUAGUGCUUUUGUUAGCUUUUAAGCCUAACAAAAUCAUCUUCAGAUCGCGGUCAGGCACUGAGAACUCCUACCGUGAAGCCUGCCUGCUGACACGCUUUGCUUUCUGAUUGCGAUUGUGGUGAUAUUUUGUCUCAGACAACUGUACUUUUUGAUAACUUGGGGAAAACAGAAAUUACUUGAAUGAAAGAUUGCUGCUUUGCAAAGAUAUAAUCUUUGUAAAGAACAUAAGUAACAGUUGUGAAUAUUAAGAUGUGAUUAUCUUUUCCAUGUCCUUAUUAAAGGGAGAUAGUCAACAAAUUAUUAUAUUGGGCAUUUUUUAUUUAUAAGAUCUAGUGAAAAAUCAACUCUUGGAACUGUUCAGAUCCAUAUGUUGCCUGUUUAAUAUAUUUCUUUUCUGAUAUUGCUUAAAAUUUAAAAAGGUUUUCUAUCCAUUAUCAAUUUCAAUUGGAUAAUAUUUUGUCAGGUUUUUUUCUGAUUGUUAUUUGAUGCUAGCUGGAAUUCAAAAAGUGACAUUGACUUUACUUAAAUAAAGAAAUAUUUUAGUAAA